AUGCUGCUUCGAACGGCGCUGAGGUCUCGGGCGCCACACCCGCUGCCUUUUCAUAUCGCUCGCUCGGUGUCAUCUGUGCCGCUCAUUCAAAUUAAGAAUGGCACAUUUUACCGGCAAUAUCCGACACAAGAUGAUGCCGCAACUAAUCCACCUCUAUAUCCGAACUUCAACUUUACUCUCCCCUCUCAAGGCUCACCCUCGAAUGGCCUGAAACCCUCCUUGCAGCACUGGGCAGUGGUUGGUCCAUCUGGACGGACUGAUCUGUUAGACGUCCUCCGUGGCCAGCAUAUCUGUCUUCCGCCUACCGCACGAUCUUAUCCCUACCUUCUCACAGACGAAAUCGCCGCAAAGGAUCCCCAAUUACGAUAUGUUGGGAACGCAGUCCAGUAUAUUGGCUUCAGCGGAGAAGGAUCGGGGGCCAUUGGUGGCACCCGUGGCGCAUACCUGAGUGCCCGCUAUGAGAGCCUUCGGGAGGAGACCGAUUGGACAGUGGAGCAGUUUCUACGUGGCCAAACGUCGCUGAAUCCUUUGGAAGGGGAGGAAAAAGGAACAAUCCAUGAUGAACAGCUCAUUCAAGAGGUGAUCACCGAUCUACAUUUGUCAGAGCUGCUUAACAUGCCGGUUGCAAACCUCAGCAAUGGUCAAACUAGACGAGCUCGCAUUGCAAAAGCUCUCCUUAAGAAGCCUGAAUUGCUUCUCUUAGACGAGCCUUUUAUGGGACUGGACCCGGCUACCGUUCGAAGUAUUUCCGGAUUGCUCCAUCGUUUGGCCGAGAAGUCCUCUCCUCGGUUGAUUCUGGCCUUGCGCCCCCAGGAUACAGUGCCAGAAUGGGUCACCCAUCUGAUCGUAGUGGGAAACUCUCAGCAGGUCAUGAAGCAGGGAUCGCGGUCCGAAAUUAUCCAAACGCUGGCUAUCUGGAAGCGACUUGUAAGUGGCAAUAAUUCAACCAGCGGCUUGAAUGACGAAGAGAAAGCCAUUCUUCGACAGGCUCGAAGGGACUUGAAGUCUGGUGCUCUUGAUGAACAAUUGGUCCUUGACUUCGCUUCCAAAGAAGUAGCAAAACCCGAUUGGAAGGAAAUCACACCCUUUCUGGGAGGAGAGCCAUUGAUUGAAAUGGAAGGUGUUCGUGUGAAAUAUGGCGAUAAAGUGGUUUUGGGUAACUGGACUCAGAAGGUGAACGAGGAGGUCAAGGAUGGUCUUCAUUGGCGCGUGCGGCGAGGCCAGCGCUGGGCGAUUCUCGGUGCCAACGGUUCUGGCAAGACAACUCUACUGUCACUUAUCACAUCUGAUCACCCGCAAGCAUACGCUCAGCCAAUUAAAUUCCUCGGCCGGUCGCGUCUUCCAGAGAUAGGCAAACCGGCUAUCUCCAUUUUCGAGCUCCAGUCCCGCCUCGGCCAUUCGUCCCCGGAGAUUCAUGCAUUCUUCCCUCGCCAAUUAACAGUGCGAGCAGCUCUUGAGUCAGCUUUUGCAGAGACAUUCUUGUCUAAGCCAGCUCUCAAUUAUGAGCGAGACCUUGACGUGAACGCAGCCCUGCGGCAUUUCAAGGCUGAGCUUGAUCCAAAUGCAAGUGCCACAAAGAAGGAACUACCCCCUACCAUCACAACCAACACCGAUAUUUUCCCUAAACUCAGUUCUACUGGAAACAACAAGCCUUACAUCCCGUCUGACUAUGAUAUCGAAUACGCCGACAAUAUCACCUUCGGCCAACUCACUACUGCACAGCAGCGUAUCGUGCUUUUCCUUAGGGCCCUCAUUCACAACCCAGACAUUGUGAUUCUCGACGAGCCCUUCUCUGGCUUGUCUGCUUCUCAGCGUGACAAAUGUCUACACUAUAUUGACCACGGCGAUACUUCCUCCUCGCCUAGUCGGGCCUCAGUCCAAGGACUCCGCCGGUACAAAGGUCUCUCAAGAGAUCAAGCAUUGGUCAUGAUUAGCCAUGUCAAGGAGGAAAUUCCCGAAAGUGUUCGGCACUACAUGCGACUGCCGUCGGAGCCGGGCGAUGGCACGGAGCCGUUGGAUUUCCGAUUUGGUCUGCUCAAGAAUACCAGUGUCCUGAGUGACCCUAAAGUAUGGGAUGCCGCAUGGUCUCCACCUUCUCAUUUCUCGGAGAUUACUCAGCGAACUCGCAGGCGCCAUGAGGUGCCAUCUGACAUAGACGUCUACGAGUGGUUCUCGAUCUAG